AUAUUCAAGUGUUUGAUAACUCCCCAUCCCCACUCUCUCUCCUCACACGCUUUCUCUCUCUACAAUCCCGACUCUAUCGAACGAAGAUUCGUCAAUACGCGACACCCCGAUUUGAACCAUCCGUUUUAUCCAUUAACGUAUUCUUUUCUCUCAUCAAACGACAAAUAUAUAUUACACAACUUUUAGCACAAUAAUCACUAGCUAUUUAUGUUGUAAUCUAUUACUUUAUAAUCGUGUUACAAGUUUAUUCUUAUGUGAUUCGAGGAUAAUCCCUAUAUUCUUUCCUAUCCCGGAAGUCUCGAUGCGACUGGACAUAGUCUUAUGUCUUAUGUUCGAAUUUUGAAACUCAAAUUACGUAGAUAAAGUUGGAGAAGAAAUAAUGACGGUUAACGAGAAUCGGAAUCCUGGUACGAGCAGCUUGCACUACAUCGAAUGCUUAGAAGAUGAACGUCGCAAGAUUCAAGUGUUUCACCGCGAGCUUCCCCUCUGUCUUGACCUUGUGUCUCAAGCUAUUGAAACAUGCCGAAAAGAGAUGAGUGAUUCGGGAAAAUCUGAAAGUUUUGAACAGGAAUCUAAAGGAAGGCCUGUUUUCGAAGAAUUUAUUCCUAUGAAAAAUGCAUCUUUUUUUUCUCCGGAGGAUGAGCAGCGCAAAUUUAAUGACAGAGGCAAAAAUGUUGUUAGCGACGAUGAUUGUAAUAACGAAAACUCAACAAAAUCGGACUGGCUUAAAUCUGUUCAACUGUGGCAGCAUACACCAGAUCAAGAUCAAAGCAAUGAUAAGGAUUUAGUAAGAGAAGUGUCGAUCACUAGGUCGCGGAGUAAUGGUAGUGGAGGGGGUUUUCAGCCUUUCAACAAAGACAAGAGGGUUGGAAGUAAUGCACGAGAGCCGGUGACAACCCCUAAUGUGAAUUCUACAGCAGCAAGUGGUAGUCGUGGUGGUGGAAGUAGCAAACCAAGACGGAACUGGUCUCCAGAGUUACAUAGGCGUUUCUUGGUAGCACUUGAAGAGCUUGGCGGUGCUCAUGUGGCUACACCAAAGCAAAUUAUGCAGAAGAUGAAGGUUGACGGGCUUACCAAUAAUGAAGUCAAAAGCCAUUUGCAGAAAUAUCGUUUACAUGAAAGACCGAGUUCUUCAUCAAGUACUCAGGAGACUCAAACUCAAAGCGCCGUCCUGCCUCCACCUCAAACGGCACCUCAGUUUGUUAUACUAGGAGGACUAUGGGUACCGCCACCAGAAUAUGCGGUUGCUAGAACUUUGCAGCUUGGAGAUGGAACAGAAACUACAAUGCCGCAUUCCCCUUCCAUGGAAAUUUAUGCACCCAGGCCCUUACGGGCUCAGCCACCAGAAGACGAGGCAACGCCACUUCUGAAGAAAAGGAAACGAAGUAUAGAGUUUCAAUCUGCUGAUUCAACCCGCUGUUAUCAAAAAGGACGCAAUGGUUCUGAUUCCUCGGCUACAUCCUCUUCGACUCAUACAACUACAGCAUCGCGAAUUGCCUAGGAAUUUUGCAACUAAUCAAUAUGAAAAUUAAUAGCUCUUGCAUCAGUGCAGGUAAUCUUCUUAGAAAAUGUAGUUGUAGCAGAGAGUUUGAUGUUGUAGACCUUACUUCUGAGUUUAUGGAGUAUGGACUAAGAGUUGCUACAUUUUUACAGUU